AUGUACCAGGCUGGAAAAGCAGCAAACUUAGUGAAAGAGGCGAAACGACUACAGAUCAACAUACUGGGAUGCAGCGACACAAGAUGGCCAAACUCGGGGCACUGCAUUGUAAAUCAACACUACGUAUUCUUCUCCGGAGAGAGUUUCACCAAAAACAAAAACGGAGUAGCGAUAAUUCUUGAAAAGCCAACCAACGAAGCUGUGAUUGGAUUUACACCAAUUUCGAGUAAAGUGGCACUAAUCAAAAUGAACGCAAAGCCAUUCGACAUAAACGUUAUACAGUCAUAUGCACCAACGUCGGAAAGCAGUGAACAAGAGAUAGAAGAGUUCUAUGAACACAGAACUGCUCUGAAAAAGAGGGAAGUAGUUAACAUAUUUCUGGAAGACAUGAACGCUUAG